AUGGCGAUAAUAUCAGCAAACACCAUGAUACGCAGUAUCGCACUGUUUCACCUCACACUUGCAGUCGUCCUGCUGCGGAAUCCCGCCCUGAUAUCGAACCAAAGCGUCAUUCUCCUGCUAGGAGAGUCAAUGCAGCUCCCAACACCCCGCGACUUCAACAAGCCCUCGGCCGCAACAGCCUUCGUAGCCAUUCUCUUCGCCUUCAUCGGCUUCUCCGACCUGACGGCCCUCUCCCUACACGAAGACAUUUUCGACCACUUCUGGGGUCUCCAAGCACCCAUGCGUCUCCUCUUCCUCUUCGGCCUCACCUCAUACUGCUAUGUCUUCAAAGAAGGUGGCAUGUUCGCACCAAGGGGCAUGGACUUCAGAAUGCACGCUGGCGCUAGUCUGAACAACAGCUUCAUAUUCACAUGGGGCUUCAUGGAGGUUUCGGCGUGGUUCUGGGUGUUUACCACGUUGAGGGAAGAGAGGACGGAGAGGGCGAAGAAGGUUGCCGAAAAGGAGGCUCGCGAGAAGGACACGCUGUGA